GGGACGCGAUAGCCUGACAGCUCCAGUCCUCUGCUAUGAAAAAUCUCUACACAGUAUUGCUAAGACAGGCCUAGGGCUGUGGCUGGUUGAGAAUUAGCUGCUAUUGUAGUUUCUCUUUGCCGAAUCCUUUGUUUGUGCAACCAUGUUCAGAAAUCCUUGGAUCUCCAGCUAUUUGGGAAAUGUUAAAUACUCUGAGGAGCAAGAUUUUGACAAAGAAAACUCAGUCAGAUUUAAACCUUCACGAUUGCUCCAAAGGAAGAGAGCGUCAAGUUUUCAGAAGGAGUUCUCACCUGAAGAUAAAGAACUUGCAAACAGCACAAAGGAUAUUGAUGCUAAUCUCUUAGCAGUACUUCCAAAAGUUUCAGAAUUAAGAAAACUGUUUGAACCAAACAACCAAGAUUUUUUGGAAAUGAAAAGAAAAGAGAGAAUAGCUAGACGCUUAGAGGGAAUUGAAAAUGAUACACAACCUAUGCUUCUACAAAACUGUCCAGGAUCAGUCACACACCGCUUACUAGAGGAAGAUACACCAAGAUAUAUGCGUGCAACUGAUCCAUACAGUCCCCACUUAGGAAGGUCAAAUGAAGAGGAGGAAACUUCAGAUUCUUCCAUAGAAAAACAACCCAGAUCAUCCAGGUACCGAGCAGAAAUCACAGGAGGUAAUACAGAGCCCUUGUAUAGUACAGGAAACAUGGAUGUCCAGGAACUAGAGUCAAAAGCAGAAAGAAUAGCUAGGUACAAGGCAGAGAGGAGGCGCCAGCUGGCAGAAAAAUAUGGAUUAUCUCUUGAUUCUGAUUUGGAUUCUGACUACUCAUCCAGAUAUACACGGGCAAGGAAAGAUCCUGACAGUGUGGAAAGAAAGGGAGUGAAAAGUGAAAGGCAAAAUGAGGAAAACAAGGACUGUGGCUCCCUGUAUUUGUCCAGGACUGAAACAAAAGAAUCAAAGAGUGUGAUUUCUGAAUCCAAAGAGUACUCCAGCCACGAAAAAGAUGGUGUUCCAGAUAAAGAAGACCUUUCAAACGAGAGGAGUAAUAGAAAAGUAGAUGAUGACAGUGCCAUUAGACAGGCUUCUGACCCUUCAGCAACCUUGGAUAACUCUGUCACCCUUUCACUUUCUGGACAAGAAUCUUCCUCCUAUAAUGAAGUGCCAAUAUCACCAAAGCAAACCUCCAGAGAGUCCCUUUCUUCACCAAAGCGGGCAGCCUCACCAAUCCAUUUGCAGAAUGACCAGCCCUUGCACAGCAACAUCAGACAAAGUAGUGCAGGGAAAGCAAAACCUGAAUGGUUUCUUCAGAAAGAUUCGGAAGGGGACACACCUUCACUUAUCAGCUGGCCCUCCAGAGUAAAAGUUAGAGAGAAACUGGUGAAAGAGGAAAGUGCUCGUGGAAGCCCUGAACUUGUCACAGACACAGUAUCUCAGAGAAAAUCCCAUCCAGUGCCAGCCCACUACACGCCUCUUCAGACAGAAACGCCUGCCUUUGAUAGGGUUAUAAAUGAGCCUGUCAGUUCAGUCCGCCAACCAAUACAUGGCUAUAUUCAGCCUGCUGGCAUAGCUCACACAGCUCAGCUGAUGGCAACAGAAGAACCAGAAAACAUCUCUGUUGGCAGCCGCCUCCUGCCAGACAAUGUUAGCCUCUUAACAAAAUCACCAGCAGCCAGUGCAUCAGAGGGUGAAAAGAAAGAGGCACUUGGUCAUGGAGCAAAGCCUGAUGAAGAAGAUUCUUUGAAGGGCGAGCAGGCUUCUGAAGGCCGAAGACCAAUUCUGCCAUCUGAGAUUCGCAAGCAAGGGAAGAACCAUGAAGGCCUCUUUGGAGGAGGAGAAUUGGAUAGCCCUGUGGGGAGUUCCUUUUUCACAAGCAAGCUGAAAGUUAACUCGGAAGUUCAGAGAGAGCUGGAGUGCAAUAAGAAGCAGGCUCCAGAGCAGCAAUUUAAGACCCCUGAGAACAUAGAAAGGAGUGAAGCUGUUAUGUACAUACAGAGUGGGUCUGUAUUGCAGCCUGCCAAGGCAAAAGCUCCUGUUUGGAAAGUGUCGACAGCAAAGCAUAAAGUCCUGACUCGCUCAAUGUCAGACUAUACUGUGGCUCCUAAGCUAGAAGCUUUUAAAAGUAAGGAGAGCACGGAAGCAAAUGCACCAAAUGGUGAGAUUGGCAUGGUUGACACAAAAGUCUCUGUUGCCCAGCUCCGUAAUGUCUUUCUGGAGUCUGCUAAUGCCAACAAGAAAACGGAACUUGAAUCUCGGUUUGAGAUGUCAACGGCAGGUAGCACUUUGUCUGCCAGUGGUGACCGUGAAAGAGGGCCACGAAGGCCGAGGCGCUAUUUUACUCCUGGUGAAAAUAGAAAGACUUCUGAGAGAUUUAAAACACAACCUAUAACAUCAGCAGAACGAAAGGAGACAGAUAGGUCAGUUUUGAGUGCAGAAAUACCAACUGCUGAAGAUGAAGAAAAACUGGAUGACCGAGCCAAACUAAGUGUAGCUGCAAAGAGGCUUCUUUUUAGAGAAAUGGAAAAAUCAUUUGAAAUGAAAAAUAUUCCUAAGCCACCUACAAGAAGUUCAGCAGUAGAGAGAAGACUGCGGCGUUUGCAGGACAGAUCACACACACAACCAAUUACCAGUGAGGAAGUGGUCAUUGCAGCUACCUUGCAGGCAUCAGCACACCAAAAAAUUUUAGCUAAAGAAGAGAUACGAGCAGCCAAAGAGGCCAUGGGACAAGAUCAGUCUGAUGAACCAGAUUCUUCCACCUUAAGUUUGGCAGAAAAGAUGGCUUUGUUUAACAAAUUAUCUCAACCAGUAUCCAGGGCCAUCUCCACAAGGAGUCGAGGAGAUAUUAGGCACAGGAGAAUGAAUGCUCGCUACCAGACUCAGCCAGUCACUCUUGGAGAAGUUGAGCAGAUGAAAUGGAAAAAGAGUAAACUGGUACAAAAUGAAAGUGGAAAAAUUACUCCCCUGUCAACUGCAGUUGCAACAUCGGUUUCAACAAUGGCAUCUGCCCUUUCUCCAUUGUAUGCUGGAGACCUGCAUACAAAGCCAGCUAGCGAUGGAAAUGUGGGUGCUGCCACUAGAGCUGAUCUGAGAUUCCACUCUUCAGCAGAAAACUCGGACUCUUCAGGAAAACGCACACACAUGUCAGAACAGUGGCAGCCCUCAAUGGAAGCGCUAGAAAGCAAAAGAGCAUCAAAGAAACUUGAAGAAGAGAGAAAGAGGUUUUUAGUACAUGAAGCUAAUGAAAUUACAAAGUACAGUUCCUUUGAGGAAGAAACCACACAUCCUGUUCCUGAAAAAACAGGAGACUACCAUAAAGAGACAACAUACGGCUUCCUGAGGAAGGGCAGCAUGGAACUGUUUAGUUCACAGGCACUUUUUCAGCCUCUUGAACAGAAGGAAAUCGAUACUGGCAUGCAAGGUAAAUGGGAAGUCAAAGACGGCCAGUCCUUUGAAGAAAAGAUGGAUUUGGGAAGUGUUAUGAAAAGCAGGACUUUGCAAAGAGACCACAUUGAACCUACUUCUGAACUCACCAGCACAUCAGCAAUGAGGACAGUUUCACAAACUGCAGCUGUGGCAUCCUGUAGACUGCAGGAGCUCUCUGAACAAUUGGAAGGCAAAUUUUAUAAGAAUUCCUGUGAGAUGUUUUCUGCUGGAGAAAACAAAACACAAACAACUGAGGAUGUCCUUGAUAAUUCCAGCAAAACAAUGUCAAUUAAGGAAAGGUUGGCAUUGCUGAAGAAGAGUGGUGAAGAAGAUUGGAAGAGCAGGCUUGGCAAAAAGCAGGAGUACGCAAAAGUGUCUGUCACUGAUCGCAGUGCGCAGAUGCAAGAAGUUGAGCAGCUGUUGAAGGAACCUGUAUAUGCUUCUACUUACUCUCCUGUUAUACCUGCUCUUCAUAAAUUUCAUCCUUUUCUACCUAUUAAUCAGAGAGUGGCAGAUAACCAUGAAAGUCAGAUGACCAUUGAAGAAAGAAAACACCUGAUUACAGCUCGAGAAGAAGCUUGGAAGUCAAAGGGUAAAGGAGCAGCCAAUGAUUCCACACAGUUCACUGUAGCUGGCCGAAUGGUAAAAAAAGGUCUGGCUUCUCCAAGUGUGUUAACGCCAGUAUCAUGCCCUUUCAGUAACCGGCAGAAGUCUACCAUGCCAGUUACAAAGCCCUUGGAAGAAAUUGAAGCCAGGCCUGACAUGAAAUUGGAAUCAGAUAUGAAGCUUGACAAGCUGGAGUCAUUCUUGGGAAGGCUGAAUAACAAAGUUGCUGGGAUGCAAGAGACAGUGUUGACAGUUACAGGAAAAUCUGUGAAAGAGGUGAUGAAGCUAGAUGAUGAUGAAACAUUUUCCAAAUUUUAUCGCCAUAUGGAUUUCCCUUCCUCCUCAGUGCCUUUGGACCUUGAUGAGGAUUUUGAUGCCAUCUUUGAUCCUUAUGCACCAAAGUUAAUAUCUUCUGUAGCAGAGCACAAACGUGCAGUUAGGCCUACGCGCAGAGUCCAGUCCUCAAGAAACCCCCUGAAAAUGCUGGCAGCAAGAGAUGAUAUUCUCCAUGAAUAUACUGAACAAAGACUGAAUGUUGCCUUCAUGGAGUCAAAGCGAAUGAAAGUAGAAAAAAUGUCUACAAACUCAAAUUUCUCAGAAGUAGCACUAGCUGGCUUGGCAAGCAAAGAGAACUUCAGCAACGUUAGCCUGCGGAGUGUUAAUUUAACAGAGCAAAACUCUAACAACAGUGCUGUGCCAUACAAAAAGCUAAUGCUGCUGCAAAUUAAAGGAAGAAGACAUGUUCAAACAAGAUUAGUUGAACCAAGGGCCUCGUCACUGAACAGCGGAGACUGUUUCCUGUUGUUAACUCCACAUUUCUGUUUCUUGUGGGUCGGAGAGUUUGCAAAUGUCAUAGAAAAAGCAAAGGCUUCAGAACUUGCAACUUUAAUUCAGACAAAGAGGGAACUUGGCUGUAGAGCUUCUUACAUACAGACUAUAGAAGAAGGAAUAAAUACCCAUACCCAUGCAGCCAAAGACUUCUGGAAACUCCUUGGUGGACAGACAAAUUACCAGUCUGCUGGAAGUCCUGAAGAAGAUGAAAUGUAUGAAGCUGCAAUAAUAGAAACAAAUUGCAUUUACCGCCUUGUAGAGGAUAAACUCAUUCCUGAGGAUGACUACUGGGGAAAGGUGCCAAAAUGUACCCUGCUACAACCAAAAGAGGUGCUGGUGUUUGACUUUGGUAGUGAAGUAUACGUAUGGCAUGGAAAAGAAGUUACUUUAGCACAAAGAAAAGUAGCAUUCCAGCUGGCAAAACACUUGUGGAAUGGCACCUUUGACUACUCCAAUUGUGACAUAAAUCCUCUGGACCCAGGGGAAUGCAAUCCCCUCAUACCCAGAAAGGGACAAGGACGCCCAGACUGGGCUGUGUUUGGCAGACUCACAGAACAUAACGAGACCAUACUGUUCAAAGAAAAAUUUCUUGAUUGGACAGAGCUGAAGAAACUCAAUGAGAAGAAUUCUAGUGAAUCCCCUCACCAGAAGGAAGAAUCCAGAUCUGACUCUAAACCAUAUGAUGUCAUGCUGAUGGUAGCUGUGCCCCAAACAACUGUAGGCACAGUCUUGGAUGGAAUGAAUAUUGGCCGGGGCUAUGGACUUGUAGAAGGAGAAGAUGGGAGGCAGUUUGAAAUCAUCACUGCAUCUGUGGAUGUCUGGCACAUCCUGGAAUUUGAUUAUAGUAGACUUCCUAAGCAAAGCAUAGGGCAGUUCCAUGAGGGAGACACAUAUGUUGUGAAGUGGAAGUACAUGGUGAGCACUACAGUUGGAAGCAGACAAAGAGGAGAGCAACAAGUAAGGGCUGUUGGAAAAGAGAAAUGUGUGUAUUUCUUUUGGCAAGGAAGGCACUCCACAGUGAGUGAGAAAGGGACCUCAGCACUGAUGACAGUGGAACUUGAUGAAGAGAGAGGAGCACAGGUACAAGUGCUUCAAGGGAAAGAACCGCCAUGCUUCCUGCAGUGCUUCCAAGGAGGGAUGAUUGUGCAUGCUGGGAGAAGGGAAGAGGAAGAAGAAAAUGCACAAAGUGACUGGAGACUAUAUUGCGUGCGAGGAGAAGUUCCCAAUGAAGGAAACUUACUUGAAGUAGCAUGUCACUGCAGCAGCCUGCGUUCCCGGACAUCCAUGAUUGUCCUCAAUAUAAAUAAAGCUCUUAUCUACCUGUGGCAUGGCUGCAAAGCACAAUCUCACACCAAGGAUGUAGGAAGAACAGCAGCCAAUAAAAUAAAAGAACAAUGUCCACUGGAAGCAGGGCUGCACAGCAGCAGCAAGGUGACGAUACACGAAUGUGAUGAAGGGUCAGAGCCUUUGGGAUUCUGGGACGCAUUAGGAAGGAGAGAUCGAAAAGCCUACGAUUGCAUGUUGCAAGAUCCUGGAAAGUUUAAUUUCACCCCCCGCCUGUUCAGCCUCAGUAGUUCAUCAGGAGAGUUCUCAGCCACUGAGUAUAUUUACCCUUCAAGAGACCCUGCUGUCAUCAAUUCCAUGCCAUUCUUGCAAGAGGAUCUUUACACUGCCCCACAGCCAGCACUGUACCUUGUUGACAAUCACCAUGAAGUGUACCUGUGGCAAGGCUGGUGGCCUGUGGAAAACAAAAUCACUGGAUCAGCUCGAAUUAGGUGGGCUACAGACAGGAAAUGCGCCAUGGAGACAGUGCUCCAGUACUGCAAAGGGAAAAAUGUAAAGAAACCCCCAAAAUCCUAUCUAAUUCAUGCUGGCCUAGAGCCUCUGACCUUCACUAAUAUGUUCCCAAGUUGGGAACACAGGGAAGACAUCGCAGAGAUCACAGAAAUGGAUGCCGACGUUUCUAAUCAGAUAAUCCUUGUAGAGGAUGUGCUGGCCAAGCUGUGUAAAACAGUGUAUCCAUUAGCAGAUCUAUUAGCUAGGCCACUACCUGAGGGAGUUGAUCCACUGAAGCUUGAAAUCUAUCUUUCAGAUGAGGACUUUGAGGUUGCAUUAGAGAUGACAAGAGAAGAGUACAAUGCACUGCCAUCUUGGAAGCAGGUUAAUCUGAAAAAGGCAAAAGGACUUUUCUAAGUUGUUUUUAUUGGAGUGAGAACCAGAGGGAUGUCUGCUUUCACUUUCUAUGUCCUUUAGAAGAAUUGUACCCAACAUUUACAAACUAAAUACAAAUAAUCUGAAAUUAUUAGUGACUACCUAUCUGGAGGUGUGUAAUAUUAUAAAAGGCCAAGAGAACUCUUUGGAAAUGGAAUUCAGUUUUGACUCUUAAAGGUAAUGUGUUUAAGCUCUGCUCUCCUAUGCACUUAAACAGUAGUUUCUUGACCUACUGCUGCAGGUGUCCUUUGGCUACAUACAAUACUUGCCAUUUUUGUUUUUGAAGAAGUUCUCUUUGUAAAGUGUUAUUUUGUUAGUUUGUGGAUUACAAAGAAUUUAUAUUUAUAUAAACACAUAGAACAAGUAUGUAUUUAACAAUGCAAUAUAUAUUCACUUUGAAGACUUUCAUGUCAAAACUACAGAAAAGUAUCUGGAUGGCAGUUGCUUGUACUGAAUUAGCUAUACCACCAAUAUGUAUCUCCUACGCAUUCUGAAAAGUUUCUCUUUGCAAUAGUUAAUGGAAUGUUCUCAGUGCUGCUUCAGGUGCUAAACUGAACAAAGCAUUUGUAUUUAUAGCAUGGAUUUCUUGAGAAACUAUGCGAAUCAACCUUUAUACUUUAUUAUCCAAAAAUGUAUAGUGCCUUGUUUUUUUGUGUACAGUUUAUAUACAAAAAAAAAAAAGAUUGGUCUGCAUUUUGAAGAUGGCUUAGAAAGGUCUCCUAUGUUACUUUUAUAAUAGUAGAAAUAAAAGCAUCUCAGUUUCUAAUACUUGUUGUAAACAUUAAACAUGUCUUUUGUGAUAUAAGAACCAAAAGUAAAAGCUUCUGAAUAAACUCUUAGCGAUGC